UUUAUUAUCAGUUCAGAGACGGCAGUAAAUAAUGUGUUUUUCUCGAUGUUCUAAGCUGCUGUAAAAACCCUCAGAAAUGUCGUGACCCUUGCAUAUUAUAUAUAUUACUGCUCUCGGGGAUCUUCUCACGGCAGCGUGUUCCAAUGAGAGCAGGUUCUCAGCACUGUUGACCUUUUUAAAUAGUCAACUCAACUUUUUUGUGGUGACGGGGAAGAAAAAACAACCCGUUCAUAUAGAAGAAGUAGGACAAGAAAAGCUCUGGACCCGACGUUCAAAGUGUCGAGAGUUUGCCAUCAACGCCACCAAACUAGGUCAGCGGCCUCUUUCUGAAGACGUCCGUGCAAGAAGAGAUCGACUCGAGUCGGAUUCAGACCACGGAUGUUUCUCCGGAUAAGAAACCCUGGUGAGCUUUAUCUGAUCUCAUUAAUGCGUCUUUAAGCUCAAGAAGACGCUGCGUCUGUUCCUCAGAAGGUCUCCUGCUCCCCGAUGGAGGAGGUGAGUUCUGAACGUCGCUUAAUGUACGGAGAGAUUUUUAAAUGAUUGUUUUUUAAACACCUUUUUUGUUUUUUUAUUUCAGCUAUGCCGAGUGGAUUCUGAGGGAUUAAAAGAUGAGCUGAGAUGAAUCUCCCCUCGACCCUUUGGAGAUUUAUUACUAUACUUCUCGGUUUUCCCUUCAAGCGCGGCCCUUUGCUUCCUGCCGGCUGCCAGCCCUUUAUUGCCUCCGGCUACCUGACCGUAGAACCAGGUCCACUCUUCCUCAUCGGCUCCAACCUCACGGUGUACUGCUGCAUCCCGACCCUUCAGGGGAGUUCCAGUAUAUCCCUGCAGCUGAAUGACGAGAUGUUGACUCCUUCGGAGAAGUUCAACAGCACCACGGCGAUGUUCCACCUGGUCAACGUGCAGAAGCCUCGAUCAUUCGUGCGCUGCAAGCUGGAGCCGCUGUCGAAGGUCGUCACCGGACUGGACCUGCGUGGCGGCCUCCCUCCGGAUAAACCUGUAAAUGUUCGUUGUGAAACGUCACGGACCUCCGACUUCAUCACCUGCACAUGGGAGCGAGGACGGGAAACACACCUGCUCCCCACCUACAACGUGUCCCUCUACAGAGAAAAUGGGACCCGGAUGCUGAUCGAUCGGAUCCAGGGCGCCGAAAAUGUCUCCAUACGGCGAGCAGAGAUAGACGAAAACACCACGCACCGCAUGGUCAUCACGGCGUACAACCACUUUGCAGCGUCGCGAUCCGAUCCGUUCAUGCUCCGGGUAAAAGAUAUAAUGAUGCCAGAAAUCCCUCGUAUCGUGCAGAUAGAGUUUGGGAAUAACUUCAGUGCGGCUCUGUUGCAUUGGGAAACGGCCGGAUCCUCAGAGAGUCUCCGAUCCUCGGAGGGUCUCCGGUCCUCGGAGAUUCUCGGGUCCUCGGAGAGUCUCCGAUCCUCAGAGGGUCUCCAAUCCUCGGAGAGUCUCCGAUCCGACGUCCGUCUCCGAAACUUGGAGAGUCUCCGAUCCUCGGAGGGUCUCCGAUCCGACGUCCGUCUAAGAUCCUCAGAGAGUCUCCGAUCCAACAUCCGUCUCCAAUCCUCAGAAGGUCUCCGAUCCUCGGAGAGUCUCCGAUCCGACGUCCGUCUCCGUGCGGAUAAGCGCUCUUGGGAAGCGGGAGCGGCAACCGAACUCUCCGAGGGUCUGAUUCGAGUGUCCGGGCUGAAGCCUCUGACUCACUACGAGUUCCAGAUGAGGACGUGUCGCGGCGAAAGGUCGCCCUGCAGCACGUGGAGCCCGUCGGUCGGGGGGAGGAGUCCUGGAAAAGGUCCAUCUCAGCAGAUGGACGUGUGGAGGGCGUUCGGCGGCCCGGGGACCGCCGGGCUGCGGAUGGUGAUGGUUUUGUGGAAGGUACCGACGGAGCUCCGGGCGCUGAGCGUCAGCGCCGUCACCUUGUACGGGACGUCUCCGUCGGCCGACGUGCCGCUCGGACGCUCAGGUGAUGACGGACCCGUCUUGAGGGUGUCGGCUCCUUCGGCUAACGGCAGCUCCGUGUUCGCCUCCUGGUCUGGAGGAGAACCGCUGCCCUCAACAUCUGGAGGAGAACCGCUGCACUAUGUGUUGGAGUGGACCGGUGUUCCUGGGGCGGAGCUGCAGUGGCAAAAAGUGGCUUUGGAUCAAAACUGCACUUUCAUCAGAGGUCUGACUGCAGGCGUGAGGUACAACAUCUCUCUGUACGCCGUGACCGCCAGAGGCGUCAGCGCUCCAUCCUCCGUUCUGGUCUACUCCAAAGAACAGAAGCCGGCGUCCGGCCCCAACAUGUCGGUUCUGGUCCACAAGUCCAGACGGAUCCUGAUCCAGUGGGACGAGCUGCCUGUCGCCAGGCAGAAAGGCUUCAUCACCAACUACACCGUCUACCUCCAGACGCUGGACGGCAGCAGCACUGAACUCCGCCUGUCGGUGCCCGGCUCCGCCCCCAGACGGAUGUGGCUGGACUGUCCCGAGGGAGCCGUGGCUCUGCAGCUGACGGCGUCCACCUCCGCAGGAGAAGGCCGGCGGGGGGGUCGGGUCUGCUCUCAGCAUAAAAGCUCCGGAGUCGGCCCGGGGGUCGUGAUGGUUUCCAUCAUCGCCCUCUUCAUCGCGAUCGUAGCCAACCUGAUGUGCUGGAGCUGUGUGCGGCAAAGAGUCAAGCAGAAGUGCGUAUCGUGGGGACCGGCCUGGCUGCAUGAGAACUUACCAAAACUAGGAAACAGUACUGCCAUCCGGCUCCUGGAGCGGGACGGAAGUGAACCCUUCCUCUCGUCCGCCGACGGCGACCCGCCGCUGUCGUCCAUCAGCCUGGUCUCCCGGGAGGACGUCGUGUACUCCGCCGUCCCCGUCCAAUCGGAGACGCCUUCACCGCCGCCGCCGACCAACGGCUACAGGCCUCAGGCCGCCGCGGCGUGGAAGGAGGCGGAGGACGAGCGGCGGGACGCGGAGGAGGAGGACCGGUGUGCGUUCGGAGACUUCCUGACCGGUCUGCAGGUGGACUUCUCCGAUCCGGCCCCGGGGCCGACCCUCGGCUCUGCCGGCGGCCUCCCGUGGCGUGAAACUCUCGAAACGACUGUUUUCUCAAACGGAGACUUCCUGCUGGGGAGGAAGGGGCCCGAGAACGGCGUGGAAGAGGAUUCCCAACGGGGGGAAACAAUGACCCCUGACUCCACGUGUUUCCCCCAGUUCACAGUUGAGAUGCUCACCGGUGGUUAUUUCCCCCAGGCGGCAGCGGUGAGCGGCACUAACACCGCGUGACACGCGGAGGUAGCCGUGACGACAGGACCACCUGCACUACGAGACUGAUUGUGUAUAUAUAUAUAUAUAUAUAUAUUCAAGCCAUUGCCACGCCAGGCGGCGUAGCCGGGGAGAACUAGGCCUGAGCGGGAAACACUAUCGGACACCGCCGCAAUAAAAUGGCAGCUUUUCUAAAGGAAGCACUUCCACUUUUGUCCACUGGGGACCGCCAAAAGGUUUCUUUCAGUAGCUUUAAGUAAAACUAAGUAUUUUCAGUAAAAUGUCAGACCCCGGCUGCAGUUUAAAAAAAAAAAAAAUUCUAAAGAGUUUCAGAAACAUCACAAGUUCCUUGUUGUAACUUUAAUAAAGGAAAUAUUUCUA